AUGGCUGCCUGCCUCCGAGCAGGCAACCGGAUCCCCACGCCAGGCGGACAGGACAGUCUCGGACGCAGGAGCGGUGGCAGCGAUCCCAGCAGAUCUUCCCUGAAGCGGUUUGGUGUGGAUCUCCUCCGGCCGGGUUGUGAUGAGCUACCCGCAGCAUGUUCUGACUUCUCCCUUCUCCUCCCUCCACAGGGCUUCAUGGACAUUGACUUAAACAAAUUUAAGGAGAGUGGAGCAAACGUGACAGGUUUUCAGUUGGUGAACUACACAGACACCAUCCCGGCCAAGAUCAUGCAGCAGUGGAAGAAUAGUGAUGCUCGAGAUCAUACCCGGGUGGACUGGAAGCGGCCCAAGUACACCUCUGCGCUCACCUAUGAUGGGGUGAAGGUGAUGGCUGAGGCUUUCCAGAGCCUGCGGAGGCAGAGGAUUGAUAUCUCCCGCCGGGGGAAUGCUGGGGACUGUCUGGCUAACCCGGCUGUGCCCUGGGGUCAAGGGAUCGACAUCCAGAGAGCUCUGCAGCAGGUGCGAUUUGAAGGUUUGACAGGAAAUGUGCAGUUUAAUGAGAAGGGACGCCGGACCAAUUACACCCUCCACGUGAUUGAAAUGAAACAUGAUGGCAUCCGGAAGAUUGGUUACUGGAAUGAAGAUGACAAGUUUGUGCCUGCAGCUACCGACGCUCAAGCUGGUGGGGAUAAUUCAAGUGUUCAGAAUAGGACAUACAUCGUCACUACAAUCUUAGAAGAUCCUUAUGUGAUGCUCAAGAAGAAUGCCAACCAGUUUGAGGGUAAUGACCGCUAUGAGGGCUACUGUGUGGAGCUAGCGGCAGAGAUUGCCAAGCAUGUGGGCUACUCCUACCGUCUGGAGAUCGUCAGUGAUGGAAAAUAUGGAGCCCGAGACCCUGACACAAAGGCUUGGAACGGCAUGGUGGGAGAGCUGGUCUAUGGAAGAGCAGAUGUGGCUGUGGCCCCCUUAACUAUCACCUUGGUCCGGGAAGAGGUUAUAGAUUUCUCCAAGCCAUUUAUGAGUUUGGGAAUCUCCAUCAUGAUUAAAAAACCACAGAAAUCCAAACCAGGGGUCUUCUCCUUCCUUGAUCCAUUGGCUUAUGAGAUCUGGAUGUGCAUUGUUUUUGCCUACAUUGGAGUGAGUGUCGUCCUCUUCCUGGUCAGCCGCUUCAGCCCCUAUGAAUGGCACAGUGAAGAGUUUGAGGAAGGACGGGACCAGACGACCAGUGACCAGUCCAAUGAGUUUGGGAUAUUCAACAGCUUGUGGUUCUCCCUGGGAGCCUUCAUGCAGCAAGGAUGUGACAUUUCUCCCAGGUCCCUGUCGGGUCGCAUCGUUGGUGGCGUCUGGUGGUUCUUCACCUUGAUCAUCAUUUCCUCAUAUACAGCCAACCUGGCCGCCUUCCUGACCGUGGAGAGGAUGGUGUCUCCCAUUGAGAGUGCAGAGGACCUAGCGAAGCAGACAGAAAUUGCUUACGGGACGCUGGAAGCAGGAUCUACUAAGGAGUUUUUCAGGAGGUCUAAAAUUGCCGUGUUUGAGAAGAUGUGGACAUACAUGAAGUCAGCGGAACCAUCCGUUUUUGUGAGGACCACAGAAGAAGGGAUGAUUCGAGUGAGGAAAUCUAAAGGCAAAUAUGCCUACCUCCUGGAGUCUACCAUGAAUGAGUACAUUGAACAGCGGAAACCCUGUGACACCAUGAAGGUGGGAGGUAACUUGGAUUCCAAAGGCUAUGGCAUUGCGACACCCAAGGGGUCCGCCCUGAGAAAUCCAGUAAACCUGGCAGUGUUAAAACUGAACGAGCAGGGGCUUUUGGACAAAUUGAAAAACAAAUGGUGGUACGACAAGGGCGAGUGCGGCAGCGGGGGAGGUGAUUCCAAGGACAAGACAAGUGCUUUGAGCCUCAGCAAUGUGGCAGGCGUGUUCUACAUCCUGAUUGGAGGACUUGGUCUAGCCAUGCUGGUUGCCUUAAUCGAGUUCUGCUACAAAUCCCGUAGUGAAUCCAAGCGGAUGAAGGUGGCAUCGUCUUCCCAGACCUUUCUCCUAACCUGUUUAUGAUACAGCUGGGUUUCCUGGGAGAUUCUUUGCUAGAGAGCGUGGGAAGUGGCAGGUAGUUGAGGUCAACCCAAGGCAGGAAGUUAGAAGGAAAGUGACAGGGACAGAGGCAGUCACAAAAAAGGAAGGAAGAUGGGGUGUGUUGGGGAAAACACAAGGUCCAAGAGAACAACUGCAUCAGUCAACAAAAGGUCGGUGAGAUUAAAGGUUAGGGUUUUGAGUGGACAGUGAACAUAGCCAGAAGCAAGAGUCAUUGCUACAAAGGCUGAUUCUCUCUGAAGCUAUAUCAAUAGAAGGUCAACACCCAGAAGAGGGGAAGGGAUGUCUAUGUGCUGAUCUUGUCAUGCUUAGUGAAUUGAGUCUUUUCUUAGCCUCCACACUGUGAGAUAGAUAUUGGCAAAGAGGCUGAUGCUCAGAGAAAGGUAAGCAGAUUAGUCAGGGGAUCCCAAGUCAUAUCAAAGAUAGCUUAAGGGAAUGGGAGAAGUGAAGAAUUGUGGAAAUUUUAAGAGCUGUCUAUAAAAAUAUCAAUACUUUCCAGGUGGGAAAGAAGACAGACUAGUUCUGUGGCGUCCCAAAGCAUACAACAAAGCAAAUAACCAAAAAUGACUCAAAAUAGAUGUCAACACAAUAUGCAAAAUCUACUUUUCUAAUAGAGCUACCCAAAGAUAGGCUAGACUAUCCCAAAAAGUAGCAUGCUUCCCAUCACUGAAGAUACACAGGUAGAGGAUGAAUAAUUCUUGAUAAGGAUAUCCAGUCACCCAAAGGGAGUUUGGAUUAAAUGAACUUCAAGACCCUCAUCUUUCAUCAUCUAACUUCAGUAAGAAGAUACUUAUGGAAGUUAAUCAUGUGAAUAAUACCAUGAGCAAGGUAUUACGAGGGGGCAGAGAGAGCUGAGGUGCAAUUUGUGGCCUUCAAUGCCUUUGAACCUCAACAAAGAAUGGGCACAGAAAAAGUACUCAACUAAGCAACCUACAAUAUAGAUAGAAAGACCUACUGGAAUUUAGAGGAGGAAAAAAUUGGAGAAGCCUUCUGGGAAGAGGCAGAAAUUAAGAAGGGCAUGUGGGAUUCAGAUCAGAAGGGGAGAGAAUCACAGUCCCUCUGGGCGAUGCACCAGUGGUGACAUGUUGUCCUAGGCUGUUGCCUUGGUGUGACUAAGACUAACAAGAUCCAUUGGUAGAAUUUGCUUUCCUAGAACGUUUCCUAAAAAGCCCACUUUUCAUCAGACUAUUGCUCCCAAGCUUAGUAUGCCCUCCCUUGGAUUACAGUCUCCUGCUCUCAAUCCUACACAUGGUCACCCUUGGAGAAGAAAUGUCUGGGUAUUUUCUUCUUCCAUUUGGAAACUCUGUGUACAUUUCUGAAUGUGGGGAAGUGGGGGCCUUCUGUUCUGGGACUCAGCACUUCCCUGUCAUUGCUCCAGCCAACCUCUUCCAGUCCCCACCCCAGCAAUCUCCUCCUCUCCCACACUCCAUACCCAGCCCCCACCACAUGCUUUCCACCCAUGUGCCUUUAUGCAAGCUGAUCUCUCACCUUGUCUAAUGUCUCACAGGACCCAAGUAAAAGACAACUUCCCAAGACAUAAUAACAAGAAACAAGAAAGGGAUAGUAGUGUGAUGACAUUUGGCCAGGAGACCUAGAAAAUACCUCUGUCAUAACCUCAACCAGUUCACCUAUCUCCAGGUCCCCUCAGAAAAGAUGAAGAUAGCAAAGGCAUAGGCUUUAGACCCUAAACCCAGUGUAGACCUCCCAGGAGCUUGGUUGAACACAGCAAGGACUCCUGGAACCUACAUAAGGCUUUCUUUGCCCAUUUCAUCCAUAACGAAAGCCUAAAGACACUCCUAUCUUACCCUCCAAAGUGAGGAAAGACUGCUUCAGUGGCAAAGACGGGGACAGGAUAAGAACUAGGAGAGCUAUAACCUACACAGCCCCCCACACCUUUCCCCACAAACCAGGGGCCUAGAGUCGGCACAGUACAGAUCAUAGGAGCUCCUUCUCACUGCUUCCCUAGGACACAGUGUGGUAUUGUGGGUUCGAAAACAAACUCUGGAGACUCAGUGUCUGGCCAUCAAUCCUAUCUGCUCCAUUUGUUACCUGUAUCUUCUUGGACACAUUUUAGUAACUCUCUGAUCUUCAUUUUCUAUAAAAUGGGGGCAUUGGUAGUACAUAGCUCAUAAAAUUAUAUUAAGGAGUAUAUGAAAUAA